CCUCUUCUUCCUUCUCCACUCGUCACCUAGCUCCCACUCCGUCUUCCCAUUAUCCAUGUCAUCCCUCUCCAACUCUCUCCUCCUCCUCCUCCUCCUCCCCCUCCCCCUCUCCUCUUCCAACCCCCUCUCCUCUUCCAACCCCACCACUCUCAUCGAGUCAACCUGCAACUCUACCUCCUACCACGACUUCUGCCUCGCUGCCAUCUCCUCUACCAACCCUGAAACCUCCCCCACCGCCGACAUUCGGGACCUUUCAACAAUCUUCCUCUCCUUAGCUCUAUCCAACGCCACCAACUCCUCCACCUACGCCGCCACCCUCUCCAACUCUGCCGCAACAGACGACUGUGUCCGCCCUCUUUUCCGCACUUGCUCGCUCAAAUACACAGCCGCCGGCGAAGCCCUCCGUUGGGCCUUACAGGAGCUCUCCAAAGAGUCUUAUGACUACGCGUUCGUUCAUGCCAGUGCGGCGGCCGAGUACCCGAUUGCUUGCCGGAUGCUCUUCGCGCUUCAGAGGAAGAAGCCCGCGGCUUCGUACCCGGAGGAACUUGGCCGGAGGGAGGAGGAGCUCAGGCGGCUGUGUGCUGUGGCUGUGGAGAUCAUUUCGCUUCUUGGUUGAGUUUUGUGCAAUGGUGAAUGGAAUUUAAGUAUGAAUGAGAAUAAAAGCCUCCGACUCGUGCAAAAUUAUUGUGCAGGAGGAAUUGAAAGGUGAGGAAGAGGUGUUUCUAUUUGACUCAUUUUAGGAAUCAUGUAAUUUUUUUCAGAAAUGUGAUGUUAAGUGAAA